AUGAAUGUCGCAGAGAGGAAGGAUGUUAAAAAGGUGGGGUCUCCUUUGGUAUCGGUGCAAAGGGAGAGCGGCUCCACCGCGGGCUGUGGCAGUGGGGGAGUGGGGGCGCAGUACCCGGGGCACAGGCGCCGAACCCGCAGGCGCACGCUCGCGUUGCUGCUUCCAGCUCAGGUCCGGGCUGCUGGAGCAGAGGGUAACGCGCUACACCCGCUCAAUGGUCUUAUUGUUGCCUGUUACCAAGGUUAUGUGGAUAUUGUAAUAGCCUUAGCACAAUGCCCUCACCUUGAUGUGAACUGGCAGGACAACGAAGGGAACACGGCUCUAAUUACAGCUGCGCAGGCAGGGCACAUAACCAUUACAAACUAUUUGUUGAACUAUUUUCCCGGGCUUGAUAUUGAGAAGACGAAUGUGUUCGGAUUCACAGCACUGAUGAAAUCUGCGAUGCAGGGCCGAACUGAAUGCGUGAAAGCCUUGAUGUUGGCAGGGGCAAAUGUUCACGUGACUGACCCAAGCCGUGGACUGACUUCAUGGGAAUGGGCUUGUUACACAGGAAGGUCAGAAUCUGCCUUCAUCAUGCAAAAGCUGAUGGACAGGCCAUGCCCGGAACAGUUCUGUGAUCAAUAUAAACCAGAAUGGCCAAAGAUGAAGGAACUUCUUGCCAAAGCUGCAGAGCCAAAAAGCUGUUUGCAGAGGAUUUCUGAGUGCAUGAGGGCAGCUCUCCCAUUCCGGUCUUUCUAUGGCCCAGAACAAGACGGGGUCCUUGAUCACAUGGUGAAGGUGACAACAAGCUUGAGCAGUCCUUUCAUUGCUCUGUCAUGCCGGACUGUGUGCCCAGGCAGCCCGCCUUCUGUGGGAAAACGCAGACUGGCUGUGCAAGAAAUCCUUAGGAAGCAGCGAGCCGAGGAGAUCCGAUCUCAGGACAAAGACCACUUUAGCAGCUACGAGAAGCUGUUUCAGAACUCCAAAGUCACGCUCAUCCCCAAGAAGAAGGAGCGGCGAGCCAGCCUGCAGCCCAUCAGCCUUGCAGUUUCUCAAGUGAACACCAUAGCCACUAGGAAAACAAGCCUCUUGCCGCUCCACCUGCUUAGACGGAGUAGCGUCAGGCCAGGAUUUGUCAUCCCCAAAGUCCGUAUCAGCAAGGCUCCCCCACCCACCUUCUAUCCAGAAAAUUUGAGAAGGACGAGCAGUACAAAGGACGACCCCUAUUUGCAGAUUCCCAAAUGGAGAUACAAGGAGCUAAAAGAGGAGCGGAAGAAGGCAGAGGAACAGGAGAGGAAAAAAGCAGCAGAGGCUCAAAAGCAGAGGCAGGUGUCUCCUGCCAGAUGCAGGACCUGA